CGAUGAAAAGCAACAAAGUCGGUAGAUUCACACAAGUGUAUCAAGAUUUUUGUUUCUCCGCCGCCGUCGGCUUGGCAAAAAAUUUAGCUGCUCUGAUUGUUAUCAAAUUUUGAGAAGAUUGUGUUCCUGCUGUAAACAGUGAAAUAUGUCGAAGGUUUGCGUUGUUUGCGGUAACCGGGCCUCGGAAACCGAUCGGGAAAUAGUCGAUCCGCUGCAGAAAGUCACCUAUCACAAGAUUCCGAUAAGCGCCGAUCGGAACAAAAAAUGGCUCGAGUUUUGCUCCCUGUCGAAGAAAGACAACAUAAACAACAAGUUUGUUUGCAGCGAUCACUUCGAGAAGCAGUACUUGGAACGAGACUUGAAAUCGGAACUGUUGGAUGGGGUCAAGCGGAUGAUUCUGACUAGGCAAGCGGUUCCCACAAUCAAGAAGUCAAGGAGAAAUAAACGAAGAAAAUCAGAAGAAUCAGAGGAAGAUCAGCACAAAAAGCGAAGAGCGGAAAUUGACAAACUUCUAAAUAGCGAGUAUCCACAGCCAAUUAUGAACCCUUUUCGGCCAAAAACCGCGACACUCAAAUCUUCAAAAACGAGUACCAAUCGGAGAAAUAAGCAAGUCCAGCCUAAAGAUUUGGAUGAAGUAAUAGAGAUAGAGCCACAACUACAGUCAAGUGGAGAGGAGCGCGGGCGUGUAAAAACGCUAGAGAAAGAGAACAAGACGCUAAAGUUAAAAAUUGAGGAGCUGGAGCAACUCAUUCUGAAAAAGAACGACAAAAUUAACCUCGCCAAAACGGAAAUGGUAAAUAUAACAAUUGCGCUACAAGAGCUGAAGGAUGUUGAAAAUCGCAAUCUUAACAUUCGAGUGAGAGAGCUACUCAAAGGGUAUUACACGGAGAAUCAAAUUCGCCGGGUGUUCAACAGCACGGAUGUAGUUAGCUGGGCAAAUGAAGAGAUGAAACAAGCUUUCACUAUACGAAUGUUUGGAACCGAUGUGUAUGACUACAUUUGCGAACAACUUCGUUAUCCCAUACCGAAUACAAAGGAAAUGCUGCUCUGGGUGCAACAGUUGUACCAGCAAACAGGAUUUCUGAUUCCCACGCUGGGUAUUCUGCAAGUUCUGGGUAGCAAAAUGAAUCCCCUUGAGCGAGAAUGCAUUCUCUUAAUUGGACGAACAAAAGUACACCCGAAAUAUCAUUAUGAUGCGGUCCGAGACCAAGUUUUCGGUAAAACUGCGUACUUGUACUGCAUUUGCGUUCAAAGCAUUCUUGCAAAUUGGCACCAAAUCAUUUAUGUUGAUUUUGAUAUGAUUUAUUCAACGGACAUAUUGAUGGCACUGACCAACGAAUUGUACGAUGUGGGUUUCAACGUGGUUGGAAUAAGCGCAAUGUGCGACCAAGAUCUUGCCGAACUUUGGACAGAGCUUGAUGUGUCGACUGAACAACACUUUAUAAGCCACCCUAAAACAAACCGGUCGAUUUUUAUGUUUUCAUGCCCUAUGUCAACGAUGACGAUGAUCCUCAAAACGUUUGUUGAAGACGGAUUGCUCGUGCACGAAGAUGUUUUAGUCACGAAAGACAUAAUUCAAAAACUGUAUGAAUCGAACAACCCGGACAUUACGCAACUGUUAAGCAGCACUACCCUGGAUGCACUAUUAAAUGAAUCAUAUUUUUCGGAAUUGGAAUCCACAAGUGAACUUAUUCCAGACAACCUGGUGCAGGCUUUGAAGAUACUGUCAGAAGAGGGAGAAGAAGCGGUAGCCGUUGCGGUUACGUUAUUCGAGCUGUUUAGGGAUUGGCACGAGUUGUUGUCCACGCAACCGAAGGACACCGGAGAAGCGGAAGAUCUCCCCGUAACACAACAAGAGUAUGGUUUGAACAUCGACGAGCAGAACAUUGUGUUAGAUGGCAUGUAUGAUACAAUCGAAACGUUAAAAUGUUCUACUGAGCAGGCUUCCUGUUUGCAACAAGCAAUAUUGAUAUCUAUAAAUUCUUUGAAAAAACUCCUGAUUGACCUAAGGCAGAGGCACGGUUGCAAAUCGAUACCCACGAGAAACCUCACGUUGUUCAAUUUGAACCGGGUUUUCGUUGCUUUUCAAGAGAACAAUUCUUCCAGUGUCCAACCAAGUAGAAAGAUUCUUUUCCGGUUAUGCGAAACUAUCGCAGAGAAAGACGAAUUUUCUCUUUCGAGUAUAAUUGCGAAAAAGACUCUUCUACCAUCGCUCAAAAUCAAUCAGGUUUCGGAUGAAGAUGCUGACCCAGAGAUUUCUAACAUUUCUGAGAAACAAGCCUGCUCACAUCUCACUCACUACGUCGCCAAAAUGCUACGAGAGAAGUAUGAAUACUUGGGUAAUCAGACAUUCGUGAUUGAGAGGAAAGCUAAUAGCUAUGUUGUUAUGCCGGAACAGCCCACGGGAACGGUUGAGCCAUCAAAGAUUUGGGUUGAACAGGCCAAGAAGCUCGAGACGUACGUGUCCAACAUAACAUUCUACCGAAACGAAAACAUUGUGGAAAGUCUUGUUAACUCUAUUUCUAGGCGGCACCCUAAGAUGGGUGUUGAUAUCAUUCGACUGUACGUACAAAGGCGCAUAAUGAUUAAGCUAAAUAACUUAAAUAAAAAUCCUGAGUUUGUUUAGAACAAAAUAAAGACUGUUGUAUUCGUUAUAUGAA